AUGAGCGACCUAGACCGGGCGAUCGAGCAGCUGCGGGCCUGCCGCCUGAUCCCCGAAUCUCAGGUUCGCGAACUCUGCUACAAAGCGCGUGAGCUCUUGAUCGAAGAGGGCAAUGUCGUCUCCGUCGAUGCGCCGGUCACCAUCUGCGGCGAUAUCCAUGGCCAAUUUCACGACCUGAUGGAACUGUUCCGCGUGGGUGGUGACGUGCCUGACACAAAUUACCUGUUCAUGGGCGACUUUGUCGAUCGCGGAUUCUACUCCCUAGAAUCCUUCCUCCUCCUCUUGUGCCUGAAAGUCCGCUACCCAGACCGUAUCACCCUUAUUCGCGGGAACCACGAGUCGCGACAAAUUACAACCGUGUACGGAUUUUACGACGAGUGCAUUCGCAAAUAUGGAAGCGCCAACGUCUGGCGAUACUGCUGCGAAGUCUUCGACUACCUCGCGCUCGGCGCCAUCGUGCUUGGCGCAAGCUCGGAACUAGAACCCAGCGGGUCGAACGCGAAUGAUCUGACACAGUCGACGAUAGCCGUGGAUGACGGGGAGCUAGAGACGGAGGUGUUGAAUUCUCGUGGGGAGGUCACAAUGAGUUCGUAUCGCCCACGACAGCGAGCAUCCUCGGAUGUAGACACAGACGCUCAAGACAUCUCACCCCCUCGCGAUAUAUCUGCUGCGCCAUCGCAGACCAGCGCCCCCACCCGCACAGGCGCCCCAGGAACAGGCGCAAGUGGAGACGGUAACGGCAGCUCGAUGACCAGUCGCACAGGGGCUGUACUUUGCGUUCAUGGUGGACUUUCUCCGCUGAUCGACUCAGUCGACAAGAUCCGAUUGAUCGAUCGCAAGCAAGAGGUACCUCAUGAAGGUGCCAUGUGCGAUUUGCUGUGGUCGGAUCCCGAUGAGAUUGAGGGUUGGGGCUUGAGCCCUCGAGGCGCCGGCUUCCUCUUCGGCGGAGACAUCGUCAAACAGUUCAACCACCAGAACGGGUUGUCACUGAUUGCAAGAGCCCAUCAGCUUGUCAUGGAGGGCUAUAAAGAGAUGUUCGACGGCGGGAUUGUGACGGUCUGGUCUGCACCCAACUACUGCUAUCGAUGCGGUAAUGUGGCUGCUAUCUUGGAACUAGGAGAAGACACUAGCAACGGCGGCACUAUCGCACGAAGCAAUGGAGAGUACGGUCGUAGCAAUGGUCUGUCUGGUCCAAGUUCGGUCUCAAGUCCUGGGAGAAGAUAUCGUGUGUUCGAGGCAGCAGCGCAGGACACAAGGGGAAUGCCCGCGAAGAAACCCGUGGCCGACUAUUUCCUGUGA